AUGAACAGAUUCCGGUUAUUUCUGUUCUUUUUUGCGAUCGCUUCUAUGGGAUGCAGCGCGGCUGACGGCGAAGAGCUGAUAGUGGAAAGUGAAGCGGUAAACGGCAUCACGCGUGAAAGACGCCACUUAAAAAAUAAAUUAUGCAAGAGGUUUGGCAUAUGCCAGGGAGGAUUUCAAGGGGGCUACGGGGGCUUCCAAGGGGGCUACGGGGGCUACCAAGGGGGCUACCCUGGGCAAUACCCACCGAUUAACAUCGCUAUUAGCCAGUCGCAAACGUCUGCAAACGGGGCUGAAGGCGGUUAUAACCCGAAUAAUAAUCAGUUUAACGGAGGGUACCCAAAUAACGGAUAUUUCGGUGGUUAUCCAGGUCAAGGGAAUUACGGUGGCUAUCCGAAUCAGGGAGGUUAUAGGCCUGGUUACUUUGGCAAUGGGCCAGGACAGUUCACUGGCAACUACUUCGCCCCGGGUGCUGGUGGACCUCCAGGAGGUGGUUUCGGGUUCCGACCUGGCGGACCUUUCAAUGAUGAGAACCCUGAUAAAGAGGAGCAAAAUGACAACAGUCCACCUGGAAGCAAUAACGACAAUAACCAAGGACCUGGAAAUAAUGAUAAAGACCAGAACUUAUCAGUGUCCGGAGCAUUGGCCCUAGGAAGAAAAUAGAACAAUUCGUUUUUUAUUGCAAUACAGUAAUGACAAUAAUAGUGAUAUUUGUAAUUUUAUUCAUUAAAAAGCUUUAUUUAUUACUUUUUGUAAAUAAACUACUAUUUUAAAAUGAUUCGCAUUUAUUAAUCUGAAAAAAAAAUCAUUUUUAAACUAUUUGCAUUUUAUAUGCAAUCAAAAUAUUUAAUUUGUUGUAAAAAAGAAACGAAGUAGUGCCGCUAUUAUAGCUUUUGGAUAUUGCUUCUAUUUAAAUUUAUAUGCAUAUUUGAUUUAAAAAUCCUUUAUAUUAUUAAUAUAUUUAGGAAUCCUCAGAUGACUUUCCUUAAAAGUUGUCAAUAUUAGGUCUUUUGUGUAAGACAUUUUUAUUUAUUUAUAAAUUGCAAGACUUACACGCAAGUUUCCGAUAGAAAUGUGUUUUAUUUACUGAAUUAAUUGUUAAAAUGAUAAUAUCGCUAGACUUAUGGCUCAAAUAUUAUAACAUUAUACCCCGUUUGCUGAUAAAUUUACCCGGGAAUAUUUGUUUUUUAAUAAAUAUGACGACCUCCGUAGCUGAGUGGUUCGCACGCCGGUUUCAAGGUGCGCCAUCUCUGAGGUCCCGGGUUCGAUUCCCGGUCGGGUCAAUGUAGAAAAUAAACUUUUCUAUAUUGUCUCGGGUCUGGGUGCUGUGGUACCUUCGUUGUCUCAGAUACUCCAUACGGGGGCUUUAGGUACUCAUCUUGGAAUCUGAGCAAUGUAUGUGAUGUUGUUAUAUAUUUAUUUAUUUAAAUAUGUCCUACGCCAUAAUAAAAGUAGAUGUUUUUAUAAUAGAGUUAGUUUACGCUAAGAGGACAUUAACUUUAUUUGUAAGAUAUAAUUUAUUAAAUAAAUAUAAGGUAUCCGCUGAAAAUCCACGCCGUAGCUUAAACACUGCGCCAUUUUGCUGAGCAGAGGCCUCUUUAGUACCUAAUUUUGAAUUAUCUAUUAUCAUACAAUUAAUGUUAUGUACUUUUUAUUUGGUACUAAAUAAAUACUUUUCUAUUCUAUUCUAAUUUCUUAUACAGCAUCACAUUCUCAUUCGUUUUCCAAAUUAAGUAGCUUAAGUACUUCAUCAUCAUUAGCUCUUUUACAUUCACGCAGCAGAGGCUCAGGCCUUCCUCUUGCGAUUUCGCCCACGUAUAUUAUAACCUAUGUCAUCCGCAUAUGACGCAGCUUCUCGUAUAUGUUAGAAUUUUUAAAAUCUGUCCUGUAGUUUUGGAGUCAUUGAAAAGACGCAAACAAACAAUGAAAUCUUUCCUUUCUUUCCUCUUUAUAAUGUUAGUACCUGUAAAAAUAAUUUAUAUUUAAAUAUAUAAUAAAAACAAAUGUCCUUCCUUGUUCACAUUUUAUAAAAGUGGGAAAUACACGACUUCUUUUUUUGCAAGUUUAUAUAAACACCUUUAUAAUUUUUUUUAUUUCAUUAACUCACAAUAUAUGGAUAUCAUUUUGACUUCUACUACUUUUUAGAAUUACAGUAUUUAUA